CGUUCACGUAGCAGCAGCUUUUGUCUUUAUUUUUGCUUUUGUUGGUCUGCGUUGUCAGGAGUUCUGGCCUUACACGUGGGCCGGCCGGGCGCGUUGUCAUAUGUUGAAUCAAAGUGAGUAACGUGCACUGCUACCAGUGAUUUUUUUCCCCGGUGUGCGGCGGCAAGUGUUUUUUUGCUCGCCGUGCCGCGUGCGAACUUCGGCUGGCGCAAUACCUUGUGCGACAGGCAACACAGCAUGGCAUCUGCCGGCGAGAGGAAAGGAACUUUCAAAGUGCGAGCUCUUCAAGAAAUCGAAGCCAGCGUGCAGGCAAAAUGGGAAGCCGAGAAAGUGUUCGAGGUCGACGCGGACCAUGACGAAGGCGGCGACGGAAAGUUCUUCGUCACUUUUCCGUACCCCUACGUGAACGGGCGUCUUCAUCUGGGUCACUCCUUCUCGUUGUCCAAGUGCGAGUUCGCCGUCGGAUACCAGCGUCUUCUCGGCAAGAAAUGCCUCUUUCCGUUCGGUUUCCACGCAACCGGAAUGCCGAUCAAGGCGUGCGCCGACAAGCUCGCGCGAGAGAUGGAAGAGUUCGGCUGUCCGCCCGUGUUUCCCGACGACGCCGCCGCAGACGAGGAGGACACCAAGGAGUCCGCCGGCGACUCGGCCGAGGCCGUGCUCAAGAGCAAAGCUAAAGGCAAGAAGAGUAAGGCGGCCGCCAAGACCGUAGCGGCCAAGUACCAGUGGCAGAUCAUGCAGUCGUUGGGACUGUCGGACGACGAAAUCGCUAAGUUUGCCGACGCUGGCUAUUGGCUGCACUACUUCCCACCCAUAAUCCGCGAGGACCUCAAGAGGAUGGGUCUCAAAGCGGACUGGCGGCGUUCGUUCGUCACCACGGACGUGAACCCGUAUUACGACUCGUUCGUCCGUUGGCAGUUUCUUCGCCUCAAGGAGAGGCAGCGCAUAAAGUUUGGCAAACGUUACACCAUCUUUUCGCCCAAGGUGAACCAGCCUUGCAUGGACCACGACAGAAGUACCGGAGAAGGCGUCGGGCCCCAGGAGUACCUGCUAGUCAAGAUGAAGGCAGUUGAACCGCUCCCGAAAGCGUUGAAGACGAUGCAAGGCCGCAACCUGUUUCUAGUUGCAGCUACACUUCGCCCGGAGACAAUGUACGGGCAGACCAAUUGCUGGGUUCGGCCUGACAUGGAUUACGUAGCAUUUGAGCUUAAAAAUGGUGAUGUUUUUGUUUGCACGUAUCGGGCUGCGCUCAACAUGAGCUAUCAAGGCUUCACAGCUGAUGCCGGCAAGGUAAAGGUUCUCCUGAACCUCAAGGGCCAGGAUCUGAUUGGUCUUGGGUUGUCAUCACCGCUGACCUGCCAUAAGGUCAUCUACACACUUCCGAUGCUCAAUAUCAAGGAAGACAAGGGAACAGGGGUGGUGACUUCGGUGCCGUCAGAUUCGCCAGAUGACUAUGCUACCUUGCGUGACCUAAAGAAUAAAGAACCCUUGCGGCAAAAAUAUGGUGUCGCUGACAGCACAGUUUUGCCAUUUGAUCCAGUGCCCAUCGUGGAAGUGCCCGGCUAUGGCUCACUAUCGGCUGUUGCGGUCUGUGAUGAGCUGAAAAUCCAAAGCCAGAACGAUCGCGAUAAGCUUCAGGAAGCCAAGGAGAAGAUCUAUCUCAAGGGCUUCUACGAAGGUGUGCUGUUGGUUGGACCAUACAAAGGAAAAAAGAUUCAGGAUGUGAAGAAGGACAUCCAGAAGGGUAUGGUUGAUGAUGGCAAAGGUGUCGUGUACAUGGAGCCUGAGAAAAAGGUGAUUUCCCGUUCCGGUGAUGAGUGUGUUGUGGCCCUCUGUGAUCAGUGGUACCUCGACUACGGCGACACCAAGUGGAAGGACAUGGCAAGAACUGCUUUGUCCAAGAUGGAGACAUACUCAGAAGAAGUUCGCAAGAACUUUCAGGCCACCCUGGACUGGCUUUGCGAGCAUGCCUGCUCUAGAACUUACGGUCUGGGAACGAAGCUACCAUGGGAUGAAUCGUGGCUGAUAGAGUCGCUAUCUGACUCCACAAUCUACAUGGCGUACUACACAGUUGCUCACUACCUCCAAGGUGGCGACCUCAUGGGUGGGUCAACUUGCCCUCCAUAUUUCAUCAAGCCAGAAGACAUGACACCGGAAGCCUGGGACUACAUAUUCCUAAAUGUUGCAAGCAAGACUAAGCUUCCGAAGAAAGAAGCCCUCGAUGCUAUGAAAAAGGAGUUUGAAUUCUGGUAUCCCAUGGACCUGCGCUGCUCUGGCAAAGAUUUGAUACCUAACCAUCUGUCCUACUGCAUCUUUAACCACUGUGCCAUGUGGCCUGAACAGCCUGAGAAGUGGGUUCUCGGUAUGCGAGCCAAUGGCCACCUGUUGCUGAACUCGGAGAAAAUGUCUAAAUCUACGGGGAACUUCCUCACCCUUGCAGAUGCAUUAGACACGUUUUCGGCUGACGGAAUGCGGCUGGCCCUCGCAGACGCCGGCGACGGUAUUGAAGAUGCCAAUUUUGUCGUGACGAUGGCAGAUGCCGGAAUUUUGCGUCUGUACACGUUCCUCGAGUGGGUGAAGGAGAUGCUUGCCUCCCUAUCCUCACUGCGGACAGGCCCGACGGACAGUUACGUGGACAGAGCUUUCGAAGCCGACAUGAGCCAUGGCGUCAUGGUAACCAAGGAACACUACAACCAGAUGAUGUUCAAAGAGGCCUUGAGGACUGGCUUUUUCGAGUUCCAGGCUGCAAGGGACAAGUACCGUGAGCUGUGCGUGCUGAGAGGAAUGCACCGAGACCUUGUUCUGAAGUUCAUAGAGAUGCAGGCCGUCAUCCUAAGCCCCAUAUGCCCACACAUCUGCGAGCACGUGUGGUCUAUGCUUGGGAAAAAGGAGAGCAUAAUGCAUGCCAGGUGGCCCGUGGUCUCGGCACCCGACGAAACACUCCUGAAGUCGUCGCAGUACCUCAUGGACUCCGUGCACGAGUUCAGGCUGCGACUGAAGGCAUUUCGUACAGCUGGAAGCAAGUGUAGCAAGAAGAAAGACCUCUCGAUGCAUCCUCCGGGACCCCAGAUGGUUCGCGCAACAAUCUGGGUGGCCAAGACGUUCCCUCCUUGGCAGCUGACGAUCCUGACCACGCUCAAGCAGCUCUUCCAGAAGCACAACGGUCUUCCAGACAACAAAGUCGUCUCGGCAGAGCUUAAGGACAAGCCCGAGCUGAAGAAGCACAUGAAAAAGGUGAUGCCAUUCGCGCAGGCAGUGCGCGAAAAGGUCGAGAAACUGGGCAUUGAUGCUCUUAAUGUGACCCUCGACUUUGACGAGCGGGAGGUGCUCUUGGAAAACUUGAGGUACAUUCUCAACACGCUAGAAGUGGACGACAUCGAAGUCAAGUUCAGCGACGACCCGAAGGCCGAAGAGGUCAUCCGGGAAGAAUGCUGCCCCGGGCAGCCGCGUGCGGUCUUUUGUAGCGAUACCUUUGUCAAUGUGUGCUGCAUCAACCAGCAGCAGUCGUCCGGUUGCUUCGAGGUUCAGGUCCCAGUGCUCGACGGAGACAGCACAGCCAAGGUGUUGGCGCGGUUGAGCAGGAUGAGUGGCCAUGCCAGUUUUGAUGGUGCCAGCGUGAAGCUCCUCAGGUACGAAGAUCCCAUGGUGGGGCCACGAAGUAUUCCUACUCUUGGUUGCGAGGAGGCUGGCAAGAUCGCCAUUCCUGAUGAGGCCAUCUUCCGCAUCAAGGCAGACAAAAGUGGCGUAGAGGUUGAACUGGGUGGUACUAGAGUUGAUGUUGGAAGCCAAAUGUCAUAUGUUGUUGUGCCACAGGUUUGAUGUGGCAGUUGCGAUGAGACACCUACGUAACUAUUUAAUAAAAUGGUUUUUGUGCA